GAGUUUAAAAAGGGGAAAGAGGAAUCGACUAUUUUUAUGUCUUGUACCACUAAACAGUCUAAUUAACAGACGCAUACACAACCUAUAUACCACACUGUGACAAGACCACCUGCAGGCUCCAAGCAGCUAAUUCCUCUCUCUCUCUCCUCUCUUUUUCAUCUUUCAUUUCUUUCAUCUCCUUCUCAUCAACUCUGGAUUUUGCAAUCUUACCAUCCGCCACCGAACUGAUCUUACCCACGCUCACCAAUCCAAAGUAGGAUUAGCUACCUUUGACCCAUACAUAAGUAAGGAAAUGGACCUGAGCUUACUGCACAACGAUAUCUCCUUCAAUGUACUGUCUCGAUUGCCUGCUAAUAUACUGGUACAACUAAAGACGGUCUCAAAAGGGUGGCAGCACUUCAUUGCAGAUUCUGAUUUCACACAGUUGCAGAUGAAAAAGGCUGAACCAAUUUCAAUAUCAGGAUUCUUCUUCCAGGAAAAAUUUCUGUUCUGCGACAUCGAUGUUGAAAAGCUCAGCUACAUUCCUAUAGGAGCAGAGGAACCCAGGAUUUACCAGAAUGUCCUUGAGUUUUUGCCUGAAAAGGUAACUAUUUUGGGAUCAAGCAACGGCCUAAUUUGCUGUAGGAGUUGCAUUCCUUCUCCUGACCCAUUGAUAUACAUCUGCAACCCUGUGAAUAAGCAAUGGAUGAAUGUGAAGUGGGAUAGAGUGAGCAGGCGGGACUAUAUCGCUUUUUCCUUCGAACCAUCUUCUGAUUCCGCAUUGAAUGCAAGCACAAGCUAUAAACUAGUAAGGAUACAUGAAGUUGAUGUGCUUACGCCCGGGAAGGAAGAGUUCUAUUUCACCUUUGAAAUAUAUAAUUGGGAAAGAAGGGUGUGGGUUAAAUCAAAGGAAAUUUGUCACUGUGAAGAUUCUUUGUGCACCAACAGACAGGUCUUCAUAAAGGGUAUCUUAUACUGGCUGACAGAUGGUCGUACGCUUGUCAUGUUCGACUCUGAAAAUGAGCUGUCAUUGUUGAUCUUGCUCCCUGUUCCUUACGCUGAAGGAAAGUUGGGUGAGAUCUGUCUUGGAGAAUCUAAUGGUGAACUGCAUUGUGUAACUUUAUCACAGGAAGCUCUUUCAGUUUGGGCCCUUGAAGACAGUUUCAACUCAAAAUGGGAUUUAAAGUCUUUCAUAUCCUUCAAGGCGAUGGAGCAAGAAAAUCCGGAAUAUUUAUGCAAUUUGGCGGAGAGGGUUUCGAAAUCUGUAUGUGAAAAGGUCCCGUGGAUGCAACCUUUGGCUUUCAAAAAUGGUCGCAACGAGCACCUCUCCCACACUGUCCCUUGCCACACUGGCACUUUCGAUGUGGAGCAAGCUGAAGCUCUGGCCAUGAGACAUGCCAUGCGUAUAACAAUGGAAGCUGGUUUCCGAAGUCUUAUCCUUGAAACGGAUAACAUGAAGCUGUUCUCGCACUUAGCAAAUAGGAAAAAGGCUCAAUCAACUUUUGGAAUGAUUGUUAGGGAUAUUCAGUCUUUAGCAUCUCAGUGUCACUCAGUGAGUUUUUCAUUUGUGAAAAGGGGGGGAAAUAGAGUAGCGCAUAGACUAGCACAUGUGAGUGCUCAGUUUAAGGAGGAAAGGGUAUGGUUGGAGGAGUUUCCUCCUGUUAUUCUUAGUGAUGUACUGUUUGACAGUUCAAGUUUGAAUUAAUUGAUGCGCUAUUUUCCCGUCAAAAAAAAAAAGUAUCAUGUAUGUCUGAUACUCUAACCAUAACUGUGCUGGAAUGUUGAUAAUACAAGGAUGGUGGAGGUGAGUCAAAAAUUUCAAGAUGUACGACAUUCCAUACCUAUGUAGCACGGGUACUUCUUUUAGGUCACA